AGGAUAGGGAAAGAGAGAGAUUCUUUAAUAGAUAUAGAAAUUCAGUCAUGUCUACGAUGAAGAAGAGGAGGGUUUCCUUUAAUCUGUUCCAUAAUGAAGAUCUUCAUCUUCCUCUCCCUAUUCCUAACAUGCUUCCAAUGAAGAAGAGGAAAAAGGCAGUUUCACUCUGCCUCUUUGAUGAUCUUCUUCUUCAUGAUCAACAACCACCGCCAUUAGUGCCGCCUCAAACCCAGUACAAAAACCUUUACUCAAGCCUAAAUCAAAAUACUGAACCAGCUCUUGCCAUUGCUCCUUAUUCAGGCCAAGCAGUGCCCCAAUCUGCCGGAACUGUUCAGAAAAAUAGAAAGCGGAAAGGCGACGGAAUUCGUAACCAUGUACAAAACGAGCCGGAGCCUCGUCCGGAACCACUUCUUCCUGAAAUCUUGCGAGAAAUAGGAUUGAAUGGAGGGACCGUGCCAAUUUUCUUGUACCAAAAGAGGCUCACAAGUUCUGAUACUAAGCCUGAUCAGAAUCGGAUAUUUCUUUCUCAUAACAGAGAAAAAGUCAUGGAAUUCUUGACAGAAGUGGAGCGAAAGUUGGUAGAAGUUAACCAAGGCAGUGUCAAGAUUCUUACAAUUGAUCCGAAAGGUAAAUACUAUAUGUUGCACAUGAAGAGGUGGGGUGCCUUGAAAAUGGUUGUGCUUAAAAAAGAAUGGAGUAAACUGGUGGAAGCAAACAAAUUGGAGGAAGGUGAUUGGAUUCAACUGUGGGGAUAUCGCCAAAAUUCCCAAUUCCAUUUGGUUCUCAAUAUCAAGAAAGCGGUCACCCAUCACGAUGCUGCAAGCAGCAGCAGCGGCUGUGGCUCGAGUACCGUCUCCGAGGAGUAGAAGACAAUAUGCAUGAGAACCAGACAUGAUGUCUGUGUCUGAAAUUUCACUGUCUUGGGCAUGAUCUUGUACAGAUUAAUGUAGGAAAAUUUUGAAUUAGAAGUGUUUAGAUUUGUUUUUUGGAAGUACAGAUAACAGUCAUGUAUUCAAAUUUUAUUUCGGAGUUAUAAAGUUUUUUUUACU